AUCAAAUUGAUAAAUAUCAAUGUUCAUCUGCAGAAAACAUCUCGGAAUCAUGUCACGCUCAGCGGCCAAAUCUCGUGACAAGAGUCGUGCUGCCAGUUUGGUUCUGGCACCUGCUCUUCCUCGCCCUGCCUCGGUCCAGAAUGUGGAGACAGUGGACAUUGUCCCAGGUCGCCUCACAGAAGCCGCCUGGGUCACCAUGACAACACAGGACAACGGGGAGGAGGUGGUGGCGGAGAUCAUGGGAGAGCUGGAGGCUGCAGUGAUGGACAGGUGCUAUCAGGUGUACCUGCAAAAACAGCUGGUGCCGUUCACAGUAACCCGGGCCUAUGAAAGCCUGGUGCAGAUGUCUGACUGGCUGUUCCUGGCGAGGGAUGAGGGUGAGGGGCGAGAGAGUGCCACUUUGUGGGGGGAGGAUACAGAGCCUGAACCCUGUAAGAGCGACUCAUGGGCCGAGGGCUGUGUUCCUGUCCGGUACACCAGUGUGAGCUCACACACACCUCUUUUGCAGAAGUUGCUGGAUUUGCACCUGGCAGAGUCUGCUGAUCCAUGGGACUCAGAUACACAGAGCAAGCCCCAGUCUCCCAGUAGACAGGACAGCAAGCCCCAGUCUCCCAGUAGACAGGACAGCAAGCCCCAGUCUCCCAGUAGACAGGACAGCAAGCCCCAAUCUCCCAGUAGACAGGACAGCAAGCUCCAGUCACCUACAAAGCCAGAGCCUCCAGACAGAGAGAGAACAGUCCUAGCAAAAAAAAGAAUAGUGGAUUCAACUGAACCUGAGAAGCCAGACAAGACAGAGAAGAUAGCACCAGAGGAAGUCCAACCCUCACCUUACCUCACUGUAGCCACCUAUAAAGCCCAGAGGAGGAGACAGUCUCAGACCCAACCAGGCGCACACAAGGCCCUACCACCACCUCUGAAGACCUACAAACCCUUAUUCACCCCUAGUGAACCAGCCCAGCAGUACCAGAGCCUCUCUGUACCCCAACUUCAGGGGCAUAGACCACGAGAGGUCCCAGUCCCUAGGAGACUGGACCCCGCUAGACUACCACAACACCAUGUCUGGCCCGAGGUGGAGGUCCUGGAGCCUCGGCCCUCACACCGCUCAAAGGAGAGAAUAGGGCCCAAAAACAGGGCCCCCCACCGGCCCAAUCAGGACCAUCACAGCAUGGCACGCAGAGGCACCAUCACCCCCCUGACUGCCCACACCCACCAUGCUUUACCCAGCAAGACUCGGAAGAAAAGUCUCCACCAUGGUGUCCAGCUACAGAGGCAUGUGCUCCGAGGCAGUACCCAGCCAAGUGGCUCAACUGUGGGCUACACUCCGCUCUCCACUGGCCUCGAUCUGGAUACCAUUGAGCUGGUGCCAGGAGUGACCAUUGGGGACCCAGUAUGUGGGACGGGGGAAAACAAGCCAUUCUGGGUUUCCCGUCUGCCUGAGCUGAGGCCCAUCAGAAGCAGCCUCCCGGCCAUGUUGUGGUCCUUGAAUCAGGUGGUGGGAGGGCAUAGCCCUCGAGUCAGUGCCCCCAGUGGGAAACACUGGGCAUGAGGAGCGAUAGGAACCACUGCAGUCUCAAUCACACUGCAGCCUAAUGGACUGUCAUUUGAUGAAUAGGUGCUGAUUUGCUUUUAUUUAAUAAAGAGAAGAUGUGAAUUCCA